UCAUGCCAUGCAAGGAAGUUCUGAAUGACAGAAGGGACAUGGCCAAAUUCCAGCAACCGUUCAUGACCCUUGCCUGAAACACCAUAACACCAUGUCUCACUGACAGAUAGUGGACAAGGCAGCGGUGGACAAGAAACAAAACAUGCAGCGGCUCGUUAAUCGAGGUGUGUGGCGGAAGGUGUCCGUUAUGCGGUCUGUGCUUUCGGGCUCUGCUGCCCGUCAGUCUCCUACCGUCGCGCCGCAAACUGGAUCCCACCUUGCGCUUAGCGAACCUCGCUGGGUGAGGAUAUCCGCGGCUGCAUGGACUUCGCCGUCGGUGGGGCCCAAGAAGACGGCCCCAGAAAACGAGCAGGCAGCUGUCCCAAGCCCCGAGGAGGCGGACCCCUUGCAGGACCACUCGGUGGGCUUAGUACAGCGAUUCAAGCGAACACUGAAGCAGUACGGGAAAGUUAUGGUGCCGGUGCAUCUGCUAACGUCAUCAGUGUGGAUCGGAACAUUCUACUAUGCAGCAAUGAAGGGUGUGAACGUGGUUCCCUACCUCGAGUACAUUGGGUUUCCGGAGAGGCUGGUGAAGCUUCUAGAAAACUCCCAGAGUGGCUGUGCCCUGACUGCUUACGCUAUGUACAAGAUCGCCACGCCAGCGCGCUACACCGUCACACUGGGAGGGACGUCCUUGUCAGUCAAGUACCUGCGCCAGCACGGCUACCUAUCCACACCGCCCCCUGUGAAGGAGUACAUACAGGACAAGAUGGAGGAGACCAAAGAGAGACUACAGGACAAGAUGGAGGAGACCAAGGAGAGACUUCAGGACAAGAUGGGGGAGACCAAGGAUAAGUUCACGGGCAAACUGCUGGAGACCAAGGAUAGACUACAUGACAAGAUGGAGGAGACCAAGGAUAGACUACAUGACAAGAUGGAGGAAACCAAGGACUCCUUCAGAAAGAAACAGGAGUAGAGGAGAUAUGCGGAAUACGACCCCGUGACAGGAGCUGGAUCACAACACAGACAUUGUUGCUAGGAAAUGCUCCACUCUUCUCCCCUGACUCCUCCCAUCUUACCUGUUGGCAUGGAAACAUGGAAGCUGAACAAAUGACUGAUGCAUAAACGGAGUGUUACUCCACUCUGUUGGGAUCAAGGUUAGGGGUCAGGGUUAGUCCUGUUGUGGUCCAUAUGUUGCUCUCGUCACUGCAGAAGUCUCAUUGUAUCUGUGGAAGCUCAUGUUAUCAAGGAUAGCAACUGUGUGUUUGUAAGGAGUUUUUUCGUCCCCAAUGCUGUCUUCACAGUAGCCUUGCAACUUGUCUCUAACACACACACACUCUCUCUCGAUCUCUCUCUCUCUCAGACACACACACACACACACACCCUGACCCCUUACCCGUGCACACCAACACACAAUCACAUACACUCGCACACAACAACACCUGCUGCUUCCGUCCUUCCUCUAAUCCAGAGAGGCUGGUCACCGGGUGACAGUUCCUUGGUAACUGUCACCAUGGAAAUUUGUUGAUUGAUGAGCCCUCCUAUAUCUCUGAAAUAAAGACAACAUAACUGA